CGUUUUGGCCAGGCACGGUGGCUCACCCCUGUAAUCCUAGCACUUUGGGAGGCCUAGGCAGGUGGAUUACCUGAGGUCAGGAGUUUGAGAUCAGCCUGACCAACAUGGUGAAACCUCAUCUCUGCUAAAAAUACAAAAUUAGCCAGGCAUGGUGAUGGGUGCCUGUAAUCCCAGCUACUUGGGAGGGUGCGGCAGGAGAAUCGUUUCAACUUGGGAAGCGGAGGUUGCAGUGAGCUGAGAUGGCACCAUUGCACUCUAGACUGGGCAACAAGAGCAAAACUCGAUCUCAGGAAAAAAAAAAAAGAAAGAAAGGAAGAGAAAAGUAAUCUCUUUUCUACAGAUUUUUUUUUUUUUUUUUUAAGGUAGUCAACUGUCCUGGGUAAAUGAGCACAGUGCCCUUUCAAGUCUUUGGCCAACACACUGGCUCUGUGAUCGAUAAUAAGUAAUGCUUAUUCCAGGCAAAGUCUGCACUUAGGAAAAUUCUUUCUGUGUUUCCUUUUAAGAGUAUUUGUGGGCUGGACAUGGCGGUUUAUGCCUAUAAUCCUAGCACUUCGGGAGGCUGAGGCGGGCGGAUCACGAGCUCAGGAGUUCAAGACCAGCCUGACCAACAUGGUGAAACCCUGUCUCUACUAAAAAUACAAAAAUUAGCUGGGCGUGGUGGUGUGCGCCUGUAAUCCUAGCUACUCAGGAGGCUGAGGCAGCAGAAUUGCUUGAACCCGGGAUGGGGAGGUUGCAGUGAGCCGAGGUUGCACCACUGCACUCCAGCCUGGGUGAUAGAGCAAGACUCUGUCUCAAAAAAAAAAAAAAAGAGUACUUGUGUACUUGUGGCCAGGUAGGAUCUUUCUAUGUUUUCUCUUGAGAAUAGUUGUGUAUUAGAAACUGUCUCACACCUGUAAUCCCAGUGCUUCGAGAGGUCAAGUGGGGAGGAUCCCCUGAAUUCAAGGAUUUGAGACCAGGCUGGACAACAUAGGGAGGCCACCAUCUCAAAAAAAAGAAAGUAAUAAUAAAGUUAAAAACAUUUUUAAAAAAGAAUACUUGCCAGCCACAAAGGAAAGGGUUUUGGUUCUUUUUCUCCCUCCUCAAUCCUAGGAACCCGUGAAAGGAUUUUGGUUCUCAGUGCAUAAGGAACAUUUCCAUUUUAAACCAGAAGGCUAGAGACAUUCUAACAACCUACCCAGCUGUUCUUUACCUGUAGGAUGAGAACUUUUCACAGCAGUGCCACCCAGUAUUGAUCUGUGUAUGUGAGGCCUUUCGAAAAAGAGUGGGCAGCAACUUGCUGCAGAUAAGAGGUAGGAGGUUUGCUUAGUGAGUAAGAAAGCAGAGUCAGUGCAGUAAAUAUCCACCCAGUGAAUGACGCCCAAUGAAUGACUUCGCAAGUGCCAAGUAAAUGAAUGGACAGCUGUUGAUGCUUUUAUAUUUCUUUGAGACUAUAAUGUGUUGUAAUCAUUGUUUUGUUUUGAGACUCCUGCUCCAUUCAAUUAGGCUUCUAAGAAUUCUGGUAACCUGAAGUGUGUUUCUGGACAUUGUAUCCCAAGUUUAACCUGUAGAGUGCAUGGAGUUUAUAUACAGGCCACGCCCAAGGAAGGACAAAAUUAAUGACAUGACCUUCUAUUAGAUUUGAUUUGUGAGGCCCUCGGGAAGGAAACCUUGGACCUAGGAGCUGGAAAGGCCUUGGAAAGCAGUGGUUGCACCAGACAGCCCAGGAAAGAGCCGAACGCUGAAGACCACCUGCUGUUUGCUGUUCCCUGGCAUUCAUGCCCCUCAGGGGUGGAGGAAGAACCCAGGACAAUGGCUGCUGCUCAUGAUCUGGAGAUGGAGAGCACGAAUCUGAAUAUGGAGAGAGAGAUGAAAGAAGAGCUGGAGGAAGAGGAGAAAAUGAGAGAUGACGGGGCAGGGAAAGAUCGUGCCAAGAAUAAAAAGGUCCAUAGGAUCGUCUCAAGAUGGAUGCUUCCCGAAAAGGCCCGAGGAACAUACUUGGAGCGAGCUAACUGCUUCCCACCCCCUGUGUUCAUCAUCUCCAUCAGCCUGGCCGAGCUGGCAGUGUUUAUUUACUAUGCUGUGUGGAAGCCUCAGAAACAGUGGAUCACCUUGGACACAGGCAUCUUGGAGAGUCCCUUUACCUAUAGUCCUGAGAAGAGGGAAGAAGCCUGGAGGUUUAUCUCAUACAUGCUGGUACAUGCUGGAGUUCAGCACAUCUUGGGGAAUCUUUGUAUGCAGCUUGUUUUGGGUAUUCCCUUGGAAAUGGUCCACAAAGGCCUCCGUGUGGGGCUGGUGUACCUGGCAGGAGUGAUUGCAGGGUCCCUUGCCAGCUCCAUCUUUGACCCACUCAGAUACCUGGUGGGAGCUUCAGGAGGAGUCUAUGCUCUGAUGGGAGGCUAUUUUAUGAAUGUUCUGGUGAAUUUUCGAGAAAUGAUUCCUGCCUUUGGAAUUUUCAGACUGCUGAUCAUCAUCCUUAUCAGGCAGAGUUCUUCUAGGCCAAGAAGCUGGAAGCUCCUUUUGCAGCACAGAUCUGACUUACUUGAAGACUACCUAACUUCUGGCCCUCACAGUUUUAUUGGAGAAUAUGGAAUCAUUUCCUUUCAUGGACUGACACCUUCACAAUUCCUGAUGUUGUGUUGGACAUCGGAUUUGCUCUCUAUAGAAGGUUCUUUGUUCCUGAAAAUGGGUCUCCGGUGUCUUUUGCAGCUCACAUUGCAGGUGGAUUUGCUGGAAUGUCCAUUGGCUACACGGUGUUUAGCUGCUUUGAUAAAGCACUGCUGAAAGAUCCACGGUUUUGGAUAGCAAUCGCUGCUUAUUUAGCUUGUGUCUUGUUUGCUGUGUUUUUCAACAUUUUUCUAUCUCCAGCAAAUUGACCUGCCCCUAUGAUAGGCCAACUAAUAAAAAGAGCCAUCUGGAGGAAGAAAAAAAAAAAGGAAAACUCUAUGAAGAAACAGAGAAGUCUCAGCAAAGUCUAACAAUUUUAUAUAGAGGAGAAGACAGCACUAAAUUAAUCAGUUUCAAGGAUUGCCUACAAAAGGAUCUUAGGAUUUAAGGAAGGGGCUUCUGAAUGUAGAAAGGGAAAAAGAGAGAAAAGAAGGGUAGUAAAAACUAGGGAUGGGGAGGCGUGGUGGCUCACCCCUUUAAUCCCAGCACUUUGGGAGGCCAAGGUGGGCAGAUCACCUGAGGUUGGAAGUUUGAGACCAGCCUGACCAACAUGGAGAAACCCCAUCUCUACUAAAAAUACAAAAUCAGCCCAGUGUGGUGGCACACGCCUAUAAUCCCACCUACUUGAGAGGCUGAGGCAGGAGAAUCGCUUGAACCUGGGAGGCGGAGGCUGUGGUGAGCUGAGAUUGUGCCAUUGCACUCCAGCCUGCGCAACAGGGUGAAACUUCGUCUCAAUAAAUAAAUAAAAAUACCAAAGUUAUCUGGACAUGAUGGCGUGUGCCUGUAGUUCCAGCUACUUGGGAGGCUGAGGCAGGAGAAUUGCUUGAACCCGGAAGGCAGAGGUUGCAGUGAGCUGAGAUCAUAUCACUGCACUCCAGCCUGGGCGACACAGUGACACUCCGUCUCGAAAAAACAAAAACAAAACAAAACAAACCCCUAGAGAUUGGGUCUUUCUCAGGCAUAUGGUAUCCUAUAAAACAGACUUACUCUCUUGGAGGAUAUAUUUUGGAGAAUGCUUGAUAAAAUCUAUGAAAACUGUACAAUGCUGAUAAUAAAAACUUUUUUAUACGUG